AAGAGAACGGUUAAGUUAACCCCGCCAAUAACCGCCUCUCUCCGUCAGUGAUCCCGUUUUUUGUUUCCUUUUUAUUCUCACUUUGUUAAGUGAAAGCUGACUAGUUCCAGUCUUCGAAUUGAGCGCGCAAACCAAACAGACGAAGAUUGAUACAACAUUCCGUGGCUAUGGCUAAUAAAAAGAUUAUGUGCUUGUUUGAUGUUGAUGGAACGCUGACUGCAUCUCGCCAGAUAGUCAGACCUGAUGUGGAAAAAUUUUUGUUGGAAACGGUGCGGAAAGAAUUUGACAUCGGACUUGUUGGCGGUUCCGACUUUGCAAAAAUAUGUGAGCAAAUGGGAGGUAACGACGUUGUCAACAGAUUCAAGUACGUUUUUGCAGAAAAUGGUCUGGUUGCUUUCCAAGACGGCAAGCGACUUAUCACUGAGUCUAUUUUAGACGUUCUUGGAGAGGACCAGUUGCAGGAGAUAAUAAACUUUGCCUUGCGUUACAUCGCCGACCUCAGAAUACCUACAAAACGUGGUACUUUUAUAGAAUUCCGAACAGGCUUGAUAAACAUAUCACCAAUAGGUCGAAAUUGUAGUAGAGAGGAGCGAAUUCAGUUUGAAGAAUAUGACAAGGAGCACCAAAUUAGGCGAAAAUUUAUCCAAGCCCUUAAGAAAGAGUUUCCAGACCUACCGCUCACAAUGAGUAUAGGUGGUCAGAUAUCUAUAGAUCUGUUUCCAAAUGGAUGGGACAAGACGUACUGUCUCAAAUACAUCCAAGGCUACGACGAGAUCCACUUCUUCGGUGACCGGACAGAGGAAGGUGGUAACGACCAUGAGAUUUAUGAGAGUGAUCUAACAAUUGGUCACCGUGUUACUAGUCCUGAUGACACAUUGAGGCAACUCAAGAUUUUGAUCGCUCUUGAGUACGAGAGGAAGACAAAGGGAGAUCUUUCUUCUCCUGUGCAAUUGCUGUAACAAUUUGUAAUUUAAUGCUACUGAAUUUCAUGGAUAAUAUUCGUGUAAUUGUAAUUACUCGUAAUCUAUGAGCUCGUAAUUUCGAAAAUACUAUCCCAUCUAUCAAAGGAUUAGUCGAUGUAGUUCCACUGAUUUAGUUGGGAGUUUUGCAUCAGCAAGGUUCACCGCCGUAUCAAAACCCCAAUCGAGCUGGUGUAUCAAAGCUCCUUCAAGGAAAAUAGUUGAGAUAACCAAUUGGUCUUGAGAAAGUGUUGGACUAGUGUUAAUUUUUAAGCUGAUAUAUAUAAAUAACUAUUUAAAUAUAAUAAAAGUUGAUGAAAUACGUAUUUUUCGAUCAAGACAUCUACCAACAGUUGAUCGUAGAUCAAAGGUUCAAUUUGUUUGUACUGCUCAGCAUGUCCCUACAUGAUAAAUGCUCGAUACAUUUGUACCGCAGCUUGUUUUUUUACGGAGAAUACGAUGAAAAAUCAUUCGUACUACUGAAAUUAAUUAUCAGAAUUAUUUUAUUAAAUCAUAAUGCUAUCAAACAGUGUAUAUUUACAGUAUUAUUCCGUUCCUCGAAAAAUAAAUUUAAAACUCUGAAUAACGAAACUACUUCUGGGAAUAAAAAAGUUACUUUGCCUCGAAUAGUACGGCGCGUUUAAAAAUCGUAUAUGUAUGUAGGUAACGUAUGGGUGUACAGUUACAGUAUUAUAAAAUGCCCGUUUCCCUUAUUCCACUAUGAAUAUGAAAACCUAAACUAUAAGCU